AUACAAAUCCGUGACCCGAAAGCGCUUACUUAUUCGUGCGUACUUUACAAACGGAGUCAUUCUAACCCCCUCACAGGAGCAUUUUCCUAACUACGUUUCACGCUUUUAUCAAUUUAGGAGUCGCAGCGAGAAGACACCGUCUUUAAUUUCACAGUGAAACAUGACCUCGAUUCGGUUAAAUCUGCCAACGUUAUUGAAUUGUCUCUUAAUCUGCGUCACCUUGCUGUUGAAUAACCGCUGCUGUGUCGUUGCCAAGUGGUAUCACAGACCCAACGUUGUUUUGAUCCUCACCGAUGACCUGGACGUCGUUAUUGGGGGCAUGACCCCACUGAACAAGACCAAGAAGCUGAUUGGUGAAGCAGGGAUCACCUUUACCAACGCUUUUGUAGCCAGCCCACUGUGCUGUCCCAGCAGAGCCAGCAUCCUAACAGGAAAGUAUCCUCAUAACCACCAUGUGAUCAACAACACUCUGGAGGGGAACUGCAGCAGCACGGCCUGGCAGAAGACCCAGGAGCCCAAGACCUUCCCUGCUCUACUGCAGGCCUACGCUGGUUACCAGACCUUCUUCGCUGGGAAGUACCUGAACCAGUAUGGGAACCCAGAUGCAGGAGGAGUGGAGCACGUUCCUCUGGGAUGGGACUACUGGGUCGGACUGGAGAGGAACUCUCGGUACUACAACUACACACUGUCUGUGAAUGGGAAGCCUAAGAAGCAUGGAGGGAACUACAGUGAAGACUACCUGACAGAUGUACUGACCAACAUGUCUCUAGACUUCCUCCAGUAUAAGUCUAACUACCGUCCGUUCUUCAUGAUGGUUUCGACCCCCGCCCCCCACGCCCCCUGGACCCCCGCCCCACAGUACCAGGACCGUUUCCAGGACCUCAAGGCCCCUCGAGACCCCAACUUCAACGUCCAUGGGAAGGACAAGCACUGGCUGAUCAGACAGGCCAAGACUCCCAUGACCAACUCCUCUAUCGAGUUGCUGGACGAGGCCUACAGGAAACGGUGGCGUACUCUGCUGUCAGUGGAUGACUUGGUGGAGAAGGUGGUGAAGAGGUUAGAGGUCAGAGGGGAACUGGACAACACUUACAUCAUCUUUACCUCAGACAACGGAUACCACACAGGUCAGUUCUCUCUCCCCUUGGAUAAGAGGCAGCUGUAUGAGUCUGAUAUAAGAGUUCCUCUGCUGAUCCGAGGGCCCAACAUCAAGCCUAACCAGACCACCGGGCUGGCAGUCCAGAACGUUGACCUGGGUCCUACCAUCCUGGACAUGGCCGGUUACAACGUCAGCAAGACUGCCAUGGACGGCAUGUCCUUCCUGUCUGUGCUGGAGGGAUCUGUGAACAGCACUAUGUGGAGAACAGACUUCCUGGUGGAGUAUGAAGGGGAGGGGUCUAAUGUGUCUGAUCCCGCCUGCCCCCUGCUGGGUCCUGGGGUCUCCGUAUGUUUCCCUGACUGUGUGUGUGAGGACUCCUUCAACAACACGUACGCCUGCGUUCGUACUGUCGCCCCUUCUGCCAACCUCCAGUACUGCGAGUUUGAUGACAACGAGGUGUUUGUAGAGGUAUAUAACAUUACAGUUGACCCCUACCAGCUCAUUAACCUGGCUAAGACCAUCGACCAGGAAGUCCUGGAGAAGAUGAACCACAGACUAAUGAUGCUCCAGUCCUGUUCUGGACAGUCCUGUAGGACCCCUGGGGUCUACGAUACACGAUAUACGUUUGACCCUCACCUGAUGUUCAGUAACAGGAGCCACCGGCGCAACAGGCUGAGACGGGCCUGAAAUGAGGAGAGGAGGGCUGUCUGAGCCUGUGCUGCUGUUCCCUAGUGUCUGAGACCUCAGCCCUGUAGGGGUUGGAGGGGGACCUUCUGCAAACUCCACACUACAGCACUUUUAACAGUCUGUACACAACACCCCCGUCUACACUGUGUUUGGACACAGUAUCACCCAUUGAUUGGUUAUUUUAAGACACUGUUUGACUGAUUUUUAAUUUUACAUGUUGUGUUUGUUAAUUAUGCGAGGAAAAUCAAUUACCUCAAAUCAGCUGUUUUUCAAAUAAUAUUAACAAGGUUUGACCUGCUACAGUAGGACUAGAAACCAUACCUGUUGUUCCUCUUUCUCUCAGUAGGACUAGAAACCAUUCCUGUUGUUCCUCUUUCUCCCAGUAGGACUAGAAACCAUUCCUGUUGUUCCUCUUUCUCCCAGUAGGACUAGAAACCAUUCCUGUUGUUCCUCUUUCCCCCAGUAGGACUAGAAACCAUUUUGGUUGUUCCUCUUUCCCCCAGUAGGACUAGAAACCAUACCUGUUGUUCCUCUUUCUCCCAGGAGGACUAGAAACCAUUCUGGUUGUUCCUCUUUCUCUCAGUAGGACUAGAAACCAUUCCUGUUGUUCCUCUUUCCCCCAGUAGGACUAGAAACCAUUUCAGUUGUUCCUCUUUCUCCCAGUAGGACUAGAAACCAUUCUGGUUGUUCCUCUUUCUCCCAGUGGGACCAGAAACAGGUCAUUUUGGAGUCACUUCUAUUGUAUAUAAGAAUAGAAUAUGUUUCUGAACGCUUCUACAUUAAUGUGGAUGCUACCAUGGUUACGGAUAAUCCUGAAUUAAUCCACUUUUAAUGUAGAAGUGUUCAGAAACAUGUUCUAUUCUUAUUUAAAAAGGUAAAAGUGACUCCAAAUGACCAUUAUUUGUAUUGGGCACAAAAUGAUCUGAUCUACAACCAAAACAAACAGCCAAUGCAUCCACGUUUCUAGAGUCACAGCUGGAUGUCGUCAUUGUGUUCUAAGAAUCUGGGACAAUGUGUUUUACCACUUUAAUACACACCAGUGAAUUUGUCCCAAUACUUUUGGUACCUUAAAGGAGGGGGACUAUGGUCAAAAAGGGCUGUAGUUUCUAAACGGUUCACCCAAUAUGGAUGAAAAUACCCUCAGAGCCAAAACAACCUAAAUGGGUCCCUGUCUCAAUACUGUUGGAGAUCACUGUAUCAUUUCCAAUCCAUAGUGCUGGAGUACAGAGCCAAAACAACCAACAUGGGUCCCUAGUGGUACGGACAGAAACAGUGGAGGGGGAGUCUAGUGGUACGGACAGAAACAGUGGAGGGGGAGUCUAGUGGUACGGACAGAAACAGUGGAGGGGGAGUCUAGUGGUACGGACAGAAACAGUGGAGGGGGAGUCUGUAGUGGUACGGGCAGAAACAGUGGAGGGGGAGUCUGUAGUGGUACGGGCAGAAACAGUGGAGGGGGAGUCUGUAGUGGUACGGACAGAAACAGUGGAGGGGAGUCUAGUGGUACGGACAGAAACAGUGGAGGGGGAGUCUAGUGGUACGGACAGAAACAGUGGAGGGGAGUCUAGUGGUACGGACAGAAACAGUGGAGGGGGAGUCUAGUGGUACGGACAGAAACAGUGGAGGGGAGUCUGUAGUGGUACGGACAGAAACAGUGGAGGGGGAGUCUAGUGGUACGGACAGAAACAGUGGAGGGGGAGUCUAGUGGUACGGACAGAAACCGUGGAGGGGUCAGGGAGACGGAGGGCCUUUAACUGAACAUCUUCUGAUGUGUUGCCAUGACAGCACAUCAACCAGCAUCAACUUUGUGUUUGUAAUUCCAGAGGGUUUCUUGUUGAUUAUAACUGAUCUUAUGGAUAUCCAUCUACAGGGUGCAUUUAGUUACGUUACAGAAAUAAAUGUCCACUUUAAUUUCCGUUAACCUGUUUGGAUUGUCUCUACACAGUCAGACUAAUCACACACAGCGAACCUGCCAAUCAUAUAAUUCAACCGUAUCCAUUGGCCAGCCUCUGAUGCGCUUUCCAAUCUGUCAAAACGUUUCCAUGGUUUUGCACAUUUUUAUUUUUCGAUAUUAGUUUUUUGUUAUGCGGUUGUUCCAUUUCUGGGUGUUUUGUCCAAUAAACUAACGGUAUUCUGAAAUCA